GGAACUCGAACGGCACCGCGGAAGUCAGCGUGGCGGGCCCUGCGUUACCGCCACCAAGGUCUACUUUCUGACAGAUACGCCCAAACUCUUACACACCAACACGCGUGGCAUGUGAUGUGGUGGGCGUGGAGCCCACCCUCUGGGUCCCUGGCUGCUUCACGUGGGACUUAAGUCCUCGAAGUGAGGGCCAGAGUCAGGCUCCCGGGCGGCUGAAGCCAAAGCCGUCAAGCUUUGGACCUGCCCACAGCUGUUUUCCGCCCUGGAGACCAAGGACCGCAGUGAGAGAAGCAGGCAGCUGACGUGUGGGGUGUGAAGACGGGCGAGGAGGCCCGAGGGUGUUCAGAGCCCUGUAUCCAGCUUCUCCUGAGGGCCGGCCUCCGAGUGGCCGACCAGAGCGCUGCCCCAUAGGAGGAGGAUGUGAGACGCAUGUGUCAUUUUAAGCGGUCUCACUGCCACGUGAAAAAGCAGUUCAGCCAACGGAAAAACACCCUGACCUCCUCCAUGAGUCCUGUGGCAUUUCAGGUGGAGGCCCCUGUAGGCUCCUAAUAAAUUCUCCAUUUUCAGGUAAUCCAGAAUGGCUACUCUGAUCUAUGUUGACAAGGAAAAUGGAGAACCAGGCACUCGUGUGGCUCCUAAGGACGGGCUGAAGCUGGGGUCUGGGCCUUCAGUCAAAGCUUUAGAUGGGAGAUCUCAGGUUUCAACACCACAUGUUGGCAAAAUGUUUGAUGCUCCACCAGCUUUACCUAAAGCUACCAGAAAGGCUUUGGGAACUGUUAACAGAGCUGCAGAAAAGUCAAUAAAAACUAAUGGACCCCUCAAACAGAAACAGACAGCCUUCUCUACCAAAAAGAUAACUGAGAAGACCGUUAAAGCAAAAAGCUCUGUUCCUGCCUCAGAUGACACCUAUCCAGAAAUAGAAAAAUUCUUUCCCUUCAACCCAUUAGAUUUCGAGAGUUUCGACCUGCCUGAAGAGCACCAGAUUGCACACAUGCCCUUGAAUGGAGUGCCUCUCAUGAUCCUCGAUGAGAAGAGGGAGCUUGAACAGCUGUUACACCUGGGCCCCCCUUCACCUCUGAAGAUGUCUCCUCUACCGUGGGAGUCUAAUCUGUUGCAGUCUCCCUCAAGCAUUCUGUCGACCCUGGAUGUUGAAUUGCCACCUGUUUGCUAUGACUUAGAUAUUUAAAUUUCUUAGCACUUUAUAGUCUGUGGGCUUGAGCAAGGAGUGUGUUUGGCAACAAGGGAGU